CUAAUCGCGAGUUGGUGGAGCGCGCUCGUGGCCGCGCACACGGUCAUCACGUACCCGGGCUGGCGCGGCAACAAUUUGCACACGAACGGGACGAAUGAGGACGAGACGAUCAAGCCGGGGUCGCUGGGGAUCAACUACGAGAACGGGAGCUACACGUUUCCGUACGGCAUGCAGUGGAUGUAUCCUUGUGGCGGGCUCCCAACCUCCCAAAACCGCACCAAAUGGCCCAUCAGCGGCGGCGCGAUCGGCGUGCAGCCGGGCUGGUUCUCGGGGCACAGCAAGGCGUUUUUCUACAUCAACUUGGGCGUCGGCACCGAGCCCGUCAACAUGAGCCACGUCAUGGUGCCCGUGUUCCAGAUCAACGGGCCCUCCAACGACAUGUACGGCGGCCAGUUCUGCCUCCCGCAGGUCCCGCUGCCAAAUGAUAUCCCUGAAGUCAAGGUCGGCGACAACGCGACUAUUCAGGUUAUUGAGGCCGCCCAGCAUGGCGCUGCGCUUUAUAGCUGCGUCGACAUCACGUUCGCAGAACCCCACGACGUGGCAGAAGUCACGCCGGAUAACUGCAAGAACACAACCGACCCCGACCAGCACAUCACGUUCGACCUGAUCUACGCGACC